ACAAAAUGUCAGCCUCCAUGAAUUUUGACAAAUAGCACUUGAUGUAUUGUUUAUAACUUGUUUGGUUGCUUUUUUCUUUUUUUUAAAUCAUCAUUUGAUUAUAUACCACAUAUUGUUAAAAUGUGUGAUUUAGUUUGUAGCAAAGACGGUAAUGACAGCCGAAAGCUCCAAGAUGGUUUACACAGCCAUAUUUUUACUUUGGGUGACAAAAUUGGAUUUAUGAAGGCACUUUCCGUUUAUAUUAAUAAACCGCAUGUGGUUAAUCGAAGACUGUGUGGUGCUAAAAUGUUAUUUUGUGAACGUUUUGACAGUUUUAACGAAACUCUUCUAAAACUGAAGAAAUCGGAAUGGAGAAAUAAUUCCUGUACUGAAAAGGGACCAUUGAAUGUAAACUUAGCAUCUUGUUUAUCGUCAAACAUCACAGAAGCUCAAGAUCACUUCCAGGUGGUCGUGCGGGAUUUAUUACCAAAACAAAGUGAUAAAUUUCCAACGCUAAGAGAACUGAUUGUUUGUGAUUACCAGAAGUGUAGUGUGACAUUUCACCCCGUGUGCCAUUCUAAUUGUAACACUGAUACAGAAAAUUUGACAUCAGAUAUGAAUAAUGAACUGAUUUAUGGAUUUGUCUACAGCACUCCCGAUACUCAACCAAGUAUUCAUCUGAAGUUAUCUCAUGAUUCAGAAGAGAGGUCACAGUGUCAUGUGACGGGUCAGUGGUUGAAGGACGUACUGCUGCCAAAACUUAGGAGCUGGUCCGAGGAGAGUGCCUUAAACACUGAUGUUACUUCUCUGAAAUUAGUCCCCAUUGACGAGUACAAUUCAACAUACAGCAGGUUAAAAGCUUCAUAUGGUUUACAUUUUGUCAAGGUAUGGCCAGAAAACACUGACCCUCGAAAGUUUGUCUAUGAAGAUAUUGCCAUAGCAGCUUAUCUUUUAUUAAUAUGGAAGGAAGAGAGAGCGACAUUGGCCACAGAUACUCUUCAGUCAUUUGUUGAUCUGGGAUGUGGAAAUGGACUCCUAGUUCAUAUACUUACAUCAGAAGGACAUCCUGGUCUUGGAAUUGAUUUAAGACGACGCAAAAUUUGGGAUAUCUAUGGUGAAGAAACCAAACUUGAGGUGAAGUCUAUUUCACCAUCAGCCGAUACUUUGUUUCCUCAAUAUGACUGGCUGAUUGGUAACCAUAGCGAUGAGCUGACACCAUGGAUACCACUUAUUGCCGCCAGGUCGUCCUAUCAGUGCAGAUACUUUGUCCUACCAUGCUGCCACCAUGACUUUGACAGGAAGUUCAACAAACGAGAGCGAGGAACCAGUCAGUACCGGACAUAUCUGAACUUCGUUAAGGAGGUCGGAGAAAAGUGCGGCUUCAAGGUCAAAGAAGACACUCUACGAAUACCAUCUACCAAGAGGGUCUGUUUUAUUGGCCAAGAAAGAGCUUAUUCUGAAGAAGAGGAAGAAGUAGUUGAUAUCCAGAGAUCAGAGUAUGUCAAGAGUCACUGCUCAAAGAGUACGGAAUCUAACAUUUCUGUCAACACACAACGAGAUUCCAUCUCACACAAUUCUAGUGACGAUACUUCUGUUAAACACGGAGGACUUGAAGUAACAACAAACAGCUGGUCCACUAGCUUUCAGCCACGCAGUAGCACUGAGCUAGUCAGGAAUUGUCAGAAGGUUGCCAGGGAAACCAAGGAACUGAUAGUGCAGGCGGUUUUUCAGAAAGUUCUCGAAGCACCUGAAGCAGAAUCUGUCCAAUGUGAAGGGGGAACAAGCUGGAAUAGAGGAGGUUGUGUUCCUCUGGCUGUUGUGGCAGAAAUGUUUGACCAGGAUGUUCUACAACAGCUCAAGUCAGAAUGUGGAGGCUUGCAAACUCUACUUCGCAAUCACAAUAACAUUUUCCAAGUGUCUGGUGGUGCGGUGCGGUUACGAGACUUCUCUUCAGAGAACCCGUGGUCGACCGCUAAACGAAGAAAGCGUAAUGUGGAAUCACUGGACUCCGGUAACAACUUGAAGACGGUGUUGUGCUGGUUCCACACAAACCACCCCGAUGGCUGUCCCAGGUCAGCUGUUAAAUGCAGAUUUGCACACGGCACACUUGAACUCCGAGAACGGCCAAAGAAAAACAAAUCUCAGGAUUAAUAUGACUGUAUCUGUGAUAAUUCUGGUCAGAUGUAUUUUAUAAACAUAAUUCCCAGUAAGUGAUCCUUAUAUUUAAAACCCCUGCAAUUGCCCACGGUAAUCUGCAAUGCUGUGGAGUUUUUUGCCUUGGACUAUAUUCAGGGUUUUUUUCAAUGGCAUGGUUUUUUUGCCCUGGACAUUUUCUUACUUGCAGGGGUUGUAUUUAUCUGGGUUGUACACAGGGAUACAAUAAAAUAUUUAUUUCUUUA